CCUCCAACCCCCGCUCUGUCUGCCCAAUACGCAGGCGCGCCUCCUCAAGUGCUUUCCCUACCCCCUCCUCUUUCUCUUCAGUCCAUUCCCCCUCCUCUCCCAGUAGCUCCGCAGGUUCAAACUCUUCUCCCGGAGAGUGGAGGCGAUCGUGAGGUCACGUGAUGAGCAUCCUGCUGCCCAACAUGGCGGAGUUCGACACCAUCUCGGAACUGGAGGAGGAAGAAGAAGAAGCAGCAACGUCGUCGUCGUCGCCGUCGUCGUCGUCCUCGUCGUCGGUAACUGGGCCUGAUGAGGAUGAGGAAGAUGAGGAGGAGGAAGAGGAGGAGGAGGAAGAAGAGGAGGAGGAAGAGGAGGAGGAGGAGGUGCCGCCCCCGCCUCGGGUAGUGAGCGAGGAGCAUCUGCGGAGAUAUGCCCCAGACCCUGUGUUGGUGCGCGGCGCCGGCCACAUCACUGUGUUUGGAUUAAGCAACAAGUUUGAUACGGAAUUUCCCUCAGUUCUGACAGGGAAGGUGGCUCCAGAAGAAUUUAAGACCAGCAUUGGCCGUGUGAACUCAUGUCUGAAAAAGGCUCUCCCUGUCAAUGUGAAAUGGCUGCUGUGUGGAUGUCUUUGCUGCUGCUGCACCCUGGGGUGCAGCCUGUGGCCUGUUAUCUGUCUCAACAAAAGAGUAAGUAUAACCAGCCUAUUGUAUAACAAUAAAAAGAGCUGCCAUUUAUUGGACACUUGCUAUGUAUUAGAAUUGUUUCCAUUUCCUUUAAAUGAUUUAUUUAAGUCCCAUACAAUGCCGUCCUUAUUUUAAAGCUAGAGAAGCUCUGGGA